CACAACGACAGGUCGCGAAUCGAACGAUAUGUCGUCUUAAUAAAAUAAUUUACUCUCGUGAAUCAUUUUCGACAAUAUUUACAAUUAUUAUAAUUGUAGUUAUUUUAUCCAUAUACGCGUUUCAAAUUAUAAUAACCUUUAUUGUAAUAUACGAAUCGCUUAUUUUAGACGAGUAGCUGAAAUGGAAAGCAUUUACCCCCGACGGGUACCCGUUAUGGGUAACCUGACGGGCAACGGAUGGACGGUGGCAAGCCAGGAGAGCGUGCUCUCUCUGAUCGUAGUACUCGGUAGCAGCGUGUCCUUGGUCGGACUCAUAUUCGCGUUCAUCACGUACAGUUUGUUUUCAGAUCUGAGAACAAUGUCUGGAACGGCAUUAAUGUACAUGCUGGCAAAUAUGUUUUUAACACAGUUGUUUUAUGUAGUUGGUGUCGGAGGAGUCCAGGAAGAUAAUCUCUGUUUGUGCUUGGCGUUUGGAAUACACUACCUCCGUCUAGCCAUUAUCAGCUGGCUGUGUGUAAUGACGUACGAUAUGUUGAUAACGUUCCGCAAUAAUGUGAAUCUCAAUCCUCGACCGGAACCGGUAAAUGUGCUCAUAUCAAGGUUUGUCAAAUAUAGUCUGUUCGCUUGGGGCGUACCCUCGUUGUCAGUGAUAUCAGCUAGCGUGAUGAGAGUGACCAUUAGCCAUCAGACCAUCGACAACCUCAACCCGUACAACUGUUGGUUUUUCGAGAAGACCAUCUACAACGUGACGUUCGCCAUACCGGCGCUGUGCUGUUUCGCGGCCAUCGUCGACUCGCUGGUCCGGAGCUGGCUGACCGCCCGGGCCACGGUCGGGCUGCAGGUGGACAAGAAAACCCGGCUGAAGAUGCACCGGAAGCGCACGCUGCAGCUGCACCUGUACGUGAAGAUCGCCACGCUGCUGUUCGCGGUGAACGUGUUCGGGUACGUGGCCAGGAACGGGUCGCCGGCGUCCGACCCGGUGGCGUGGAUCGCGUACAACGUGGGCCACUCGCUGCAGGGCAUACUGGUCGCGCUGGCCGUCACGUGCAACUGUCAGGUUCUGAAGAUCUACACGCGGUCGUUCGCUCGGCGGCGGCACCGGCGGCCGCGCAACGGCAGCGCUACGGCGCUGUUCGACAAACGGGACAACGACAUCAGCGACACGACGUACCUGCAGAACCUCACGUGGGACCCCGUCCCUCUGCCCGUCUAGAGCGUCGUCGGGCGGAUGACACGAUGCGGACGGAUGCGACAGACAAGCCUUGUCCGGCCACGACCGCGUCCGCCGCCGCGGUGGUGCAUCACGCGCUGCGCGGACAUCCGUUGGUUGUGCGAUGAAGGGAUGGCAGGGAAGGAGGGAGAGGCCCGAUGGUGACGUUAGUCACGGUGCAUAAUAUUACACCCAUAUUGUGUAUUAUAAUUAUAAUUAUUAUUAUUAUUAUUAUUACUAUUAUUACUACUAUUACUAUUAUUAUUAUUAUUAUUAUUAUGUAUUCACGUAUACCCACACGCGCACCCGCCACCAACUGGUCGUCCAACAGACCCCCGCACGAUCCCCGUCACUUGAUCAGGCUUAUCGCUGCACACGCGGCUCUACACGACCAUCGGAAAUUCGAAAUAGUUUCUUGCUGGCGUGUGUGCGUAAUACCGUCGUCGUAAUAUCGUUAAAGUGUAUAAUAUUAUAAUAUUAAAUAGGUAUACCUACGUGUCACGGUUAACGAAAACUACCGUCGAAUCAAUAUUUUAGUAGAUACAUCAUCAUAAUAUUAUAUAGGUCAAUAGUAUACGAUAAUAUAGUAUGUCAUCAUAUUGAACACGCGUUAACGCAGAUUUUUAAUUUAGAGUCCGAAUUUCGAUUUCCUAUUCAAAACGUAUUCAAGUUGUAAAAAAAAUAUUUCACCCAUAUUUAUAGUAGGUACACCGUAGGUGUACAAUGUACCUAUUUGAAACUAUAAGUUAAAAAGUUUACCACAUCAAAUUGAACAUAAUAUCAAGAAAUAAUUGACCAUUUACGUUUUGAUGAUAAAAACGAAAAACAUAUAUUCAACGUGUUGCACACCUUCUACGAUGUAUUAAAAUUAUUCACUUAAAAUAAUAGUUAUACGAUCCGUAUACUUACGAAAAAAGUCAAAUAAAAUAAUGAAUUUGAUUAUAGUCCGUUACAAAAAUAUUAUACGAUAUUGAUGUUUGGUGAUCACA